AUGCCCGAGUUCUCCAGCCAUGUCAUCAGCCUGUUCCACAAGAGAGCGGCGACGGAGCAGGGAGGCCUGUUAAGCGGCAAAGACCCUACAGAGUUCAAUCCGUCAGACCCGAUACGGUUAUGGAUCAUCCAAGUUGGGAUCAUCGUCUGUACGGCGAGCAUACUUUCUUUGGGGUUGAGCAAGAUGCGUCAACCGAAGGUCAUCGCAGAGGUGUUGGGAGGGAUCAUUCUUGGCCCAACUGCCCUUGGACAAAUCCCUGGCUUCACGGACCACAUAUUUCCGGAGCAAUCGCGCUCCUAUCUGAGUCUGGUCGCCAACAUCGGCUUGUGUCUCUUCCUGUUCCUCGUCGGCCUGGAAAUCGACUCGGGCGUUAUUAAACGAAAUGCGCGGCUCUCUGCCUCUAUUGCCCUCGCCGGGAUGGUCUUACCCUUCGGAAUUGGCGCUGGUGUAGCACGCGCGGUAUACAAGGAGUUCAUAGACCCAAAUAUCCAGUUUACGCAUUUUAUGCUCUUCACUGGCGUAGCAUACUCCAUCACGGCAUUCCCUGUCCUAUGUCGGAUUUUGACGGAGCUGAAGUUGCUCGACACGACGGUUGGGAUCGUGGUUUUGUCUGCUGGUGUUGGAAACGAUAUUGUUGGCUGGAUACUGUUGGCCCUCAGUGUCGCACUAGUUAAUGCGAGCUCAGGUCUUACUGCCUUAUACAUCUUGCUUGCGUGUGUCGGAUGGACUAUAUUCCUCCUCGUUCCUGUGAAAAUGGCGCUCUUUUGGCUGGCCCGAACGACGGGUUCCAUUGAAAAUGGACCAUCUGUGUUCUUUAUGACGGUCACGAUGCUAAUAACGUUUGGGUCGGCAUUUUUCACCGAUGUUAUUGGCGUUCAUGCUAUCUUCGGCGCCUUCGUGGCUGGCCUCAUUGUACCGCGUGAAGGUGGGUUGGCGAUCAGUAUCACUGAAAAACUGGAAGACAUGGUUUCUAUUAUCUUCCUUCCGCUGUACUUUACGCUUUCGGGUCUCUCUACCGACUUAACCCUGCUCGACAAUGGCAUAACCUGGGGAUAUACCAUUGCAAUUAUUGUGACGGCCUUCUUAGGUAAAUUUUUGGGAUGCAUGCUUGCUGGGCGCUACAUAGCUGGUUUCAAUUGGCGCGAAUCAAGUACAAUUGGCUCGUUGAUGAGUUGCAAGGGAUUGGUCGAACUCAUUGUUCUCAAUGUUGGAUUGUCAGCGGAAAUCCUAUCGAGGCGUGUUUUCUCUAUGUUCGUCCUGGAGGCACUCGUUCUAACUUUCAUGACAACACCUCUCGUCACUUGGCUCUACCCCCCGCAUCUGAGGCGUCGCAUUGCGGCUUCGGGGGCGAACUUCGAUUUUGUCCCUGACGAUGAAGCUGCUCAGCACAAACGUCCUGCCGCUCAAGACGGAGAAUUCAAGGCUCGUUUCACUGUUGUUCUCGACAAAUUAGAGCAUGUGCCCGCUAUGAUGGCCAUCACUCAACUCAUUCAGCCCCCACAAACGACUCGCGAACGGAAGAUUUCUACCGCUCGAGAGCCCUCCUCUUCUCAAAGCGACGCUGGAACUCCUCGCAGUAUCUCGACCGAAGCUUUAAGAAUCAUCGAACUGUCCGAUCGCGUAUCGGCUGUUAUGAAGUCUUCAUUUUCGGACUCUCUCCUUCUUACCGACCCCCUCCUUUCCAUCUUUCGCAUGUUUGGGCUUCUCAACGGCAUUCGGGUUUCUCCCUCCCUAUCCGUCGUAAAUUUCAACGACAUGGCGUACAGUGUGGCAGAACACGCGAGAAACUACGAAUCGGAUAUGAUCAUGAUCCCGUGGCUUCCUCCCGCCCCCGACGCCUUCAACGAUUCAAUAAUCGACCAUCAUCCUCUAUCCCCUACGCCCCAACAGCAGCCUGUCGCCCUUCCAGCGACUGCACCGAUGUCGGCGGUUAGAAGUGCGGCUUCACACAACCCUUUCGAUUUGUUGUUCAGGUCUUCGAAUUUGAAGUCUCCUGGGCACAGUACACCAGGAGGUGCAGACGUCAGCAAGGCAGUGGCUAUUACCCACUCUCAAUUCGUACGUGGCGUCUUUUCGCAGGCCACGACAGACGUAGCGUUGUUCGUCGAUCAAAGCACACUGGAUUCAUCCUCUCUCGUUGGAGCCGCAUAUGACGGCGCAUAUCAGCAACACAUUUUCUUGCCGUUCUUCGGUGGUCCAGAUGAUCGUCUCGCCUUGGAGUUCGUCGUACAGAUUUGUGCGAACCCCAGGAUCAGAGGUACCGUGGUUAGGAUCACGAAGACUGAUGCCCCGACCGAUGUCCCAACCGAUGGCGCCGAUCCUGCCCCUGCAAAGCCUGCCACUGCUCAUCUGGGAGAUGGAUUGCAAGAUCCGAAGAUGAACGAAGAAUUGAACGCUCUAACCGUUGGCUCGAGGAUCGCCGGAAUCCCUGACACUGUCUACGGGCAACAAAACACCGAAACGCGCUUGCAGUCGGAGACAGCAGAUAACAUCAUCUGGGCUCGGUAUGCCACCCCACCGCAGGCUGGUCCUGACAGCAGAUCAGUUCAUUCUUCCUCAUCGUCUUCUGCUCGGCCACACAUCGAGUUCAACACCCUUUCUACCCCUAUACCCCUGCAUGCUACCAUCCAGCACGCCAGUGCCAGCCUGGUCUCGGCUGCUACGACUAAGCUUGUCGUCGUAACUGGCCGGUCACGAAGGCUGGCGGUUGAGAACCAUAGAAAAGAGCUGAAGGAGCUCAUGGAUGAACACGAGCACGUCGGAGCGGAAGUGCGGAAGACUAUUGGGGAUGUUGCAACCGCCUUCGUCGUUGCUGGUGUCGGUUCGGGCGUCGUGGUCCUCCAGGCCGCAGGUUCUAGAACCGUUGACUGA